AUGCGACGUGCGCAAACUACAAGACACUAUGGUCGCCCGUCAUUGGCCUUGGGUGCUGACGAUCUAGGAAUGUUGAAGGAAACCCCGGAGGAAUCUACAGAGGAUGUUCUGCGACGACAGCUCAUUGAGAAGGACAGAGAGUGCGACCGGUUGCAGACUCAAGUACAAUCGUUGCAAGCGCAGCUCGCACAGCGACCUCCAUUGAACGCCGUCCAGGAGUUGCAGAAGGAGUACACGAAUCUUGAUAUCCUCUUGCAAGGAACUCAACGGGAGAAUGAGCGAUGCAUGGCUGAACUGGAGAGAGGGAAGGUACGAGAGAAGAUGCUGGAGCGCGAGUUGGAGAAGUUAGCAGGGGCCAACUGGCAGGCGAAUUUGAACAUCGUUCCUGCCGCCACUUCCUCGGCAUUGUCCUCACGCUCUGAGGCGUCCGCUGCCCAGAGCGUACCGGCAGACUCCCGAGCAGCGAACGCCACCGCAGAGACCACCAUGGCUCAUAUUGAACAAGUCCGGCUACUGAUCCUCGGCAUGGAGCAACGGCUGCAAUUCCGAGAGGAGAAGCUUGCGAAGACGAUCGAGAGGGCGGAGGCCGAAGGAGCUCGAUUCGAACAGAGCCAGCAAGUGCUCUCUGCAACAUGCUGA